AGGACAGUGGAGAAGGUUCCUGUAGUGAUUCUGAGGAAAAUAAUUUAGAGGAAGAGCUGAAUGACGAUAUUAAAGUCAAAGAAGAACAACUUAAAAAUUCUGCAGAGGAAGAAAUACUGUCAUCUGACAAACAGUUAAUUAAAAUGGAAAAGAAGGAUGAAGAGGAAAAUGGAGAAAGACCUAGAAAGAAAAAGGACAAAGAAAAGGAAAAAGAGAAAGAGAAAGAUAAAGAGAAAGAGAGAGAAAAAGAAAAAACAACAGUAUCUGAUACUGUGGCUGCUUCUGCUGUGGCUACUACACCAGCCACAAGUCCUCCUGCUGUUAAUGCAUCCCCUUCUGCCCCCACAACGACCUCUACUGCAGAGGAACAAGUCAGUGAGCCAAAAAAGUGGAAUCUUCGUCGAAACCGACCACUUUUGGAUUUUGUCUCCAUGGAAGAGCUGAAUGACAUGGAUGACUAUGACAGUGAAGAUGAUAAUGACUGGCGACCUACUGUAGUAAAGAGGAAAGGGAGAUCAACAUCUCAGAAAGAGGGGAGUGAUGGAGACAAUGAGGAUGAUGAAGAUGAGGGAAGUGGAAGCGAUGAAGAUGAGAAUGAUGAGGGCAAUGAUGAAGACCAUAGCAGCCCUGCUAGCGAAGGGGGUUGCAAAAAGAAGAAGAGUAAAGUUCUUAGCAGAAACAGUGCUGAUGAUGAGGAACUGACCAAUGAUAGCCUGACACUAUCUCAAAGCAAGAGUAAUGAGGACUCGCUGAUUCUUGAGAAGAGUCAAAACUGGAGUUCUCAAAAAAUGGACCAUAUUCUGAUUUGCUGUGUUUGUCUUGGAGAUAAUAGUGAGGAUGCUGAUGAAAUAAUUCAGUGUGACAAUUGUGGCAUUACAGUUCAUGAAGGUUGUUAUGGAGUUGAUGGAGAGAGUGACUCUAUUAUGAGUUCAGCUUCUGAAAACUCCACUGAACCUUGGUUUUGUGAUGCUUGUAAAUGUGGUGUUUCCCCCAGCUGUGAACUGUGUCCUAAUCAGGAUGGGAUUUUCAAGGAGACAGAUGCUGGAAGAUGGGUUCACAUUGUUUGUGCUCUGUAUGUUCCUGGGGUAGCCUUUGGAGAUAUUGACAAAUUACGGCCAGUAACACUAACAGAAAUGAACUAUUCUAAAUACGGUGCCAAGGAAUGUAGCUUUUGUGAAGAUCCUCGUUUUGCUAGAACUGGAGUUUGCAUUAGCUGUGAUGCAGGGAUGUGCAGAGCUUAUUUUCAUGUGACCUGUGCCCAGAAGGAAGGUCUGCUUUCAGAGGCAGCAGCAGAAGAGGAUAUAGCAGAUCCAUUUUUUGCUUAUUGUAAGCAACAUGCAGAUAGAUUAGACAGAAAGUGGAAGAGAAAAAACUACUUGGCUCUACAAUCCUACUGUAAAAUGUCUUUGCAAGAGAGAGAGAAACAACUGUCACCAGAAGCACAGGCAAGGAUCAAUGCCCGGCUUCAGCAAUAUCGUGCCAAGGCAGAACUGGCUCGAUCCACUAGACCCCAGGCAUGGGUUCCAAGGGAAAAAUUGCCUAGACCACUCACUAGUAGUGCUUCAGCUAUUCGUAAACUGAUGCGGAAAGCAGAACUAAUGGGGAUCAGUACAGAUAUUUUUCCAGUGGACAAUUCAGAUACUAGUUCUAGUGUGGAUGGAAGGAGAAAACAUAAGCAACCAGCUCUCACUGCUGAUUUUGUGAAUUAUUAUUUUGAGAGAAAUAUGCGCAUGAUUCAAAUACAGGAAAAUAUGGCUGAACAAAAGAAUAUAAAGGAUAAAUUAGAGAAUGAGCAAGAAAAGCUUCAUGUGGAAUAUAACAAGCUAUGUGAAUCAUUAGAAGAACUACAAAAUCUGAAUGGAAAACUUCGAAGUGAAGGGCAAGGAAUUUGGGCCUUACUAGGCAGAAUCACAGGGCAGAAGUUGAACAUACCAGCAAUUUUGAGAGCACCCAAGGAGAGAAAACCAAGUAAAAAAGAAGGAGGCACACAAAAGACAUCUACUCUUCCUACAGUACUUUAUAGUUGUGGAAUUUGUAAGAAGAACCAUGAUCAACAUCUUCUUUUGCUGUGUGAUACUUGCAAACUCCAUUACCAUCUUGGAUGUCUGGAUCCUCCUCUUACAAGGAUGCCAAGAAAGACCAAAAACAGUUAUUGGCAGUGCUCAGAAUGUGACCAGGCGGGGAGCAGUGACAUGGAAGCAGACAUGGCCAUGGAAACUUUACCGGAUGGGACCAAACGAUCAAGGAGGCAGAUUAAGGAACCAGUGAAAUUUGUUCCACAGGAUGUGCCACCAGAACCCAAGAAGAUUCCAAUAAGAAAUACGAGAACCAGAGGACGGAAACGAAGCUUUGUUCCUGAGGAAGAAAAACAUGAGGAAAGAGUUCCUAGAGAAAGAAGACAGAGACAGUCUGUAUUACAAAAGAAACCCAAAGCUGAAGAUUUAAGAACUGAAUGUGCAACUUGCAAAGGAACUGGAGACAAUGAAAAUCUUGUCAGAUACCCUUCAUGAGACCCAACUCUGCCACAGCUCAUCCUCGGAGGCAAUCCUGGAAACCUCUUUUAUAAGUGUGAUUUUAAAAAUGUGGAUAAAACUCUCAAUAGAGUACAUAAAAUAAAGGAGAACAGCUAUCUUGUCCUUUCCAUAAGCUUAUCACUGCAAAAAGUUGCCUUUGCUUGUCAGGUUUGAAUAGAAUGUAAUUGAUUGGUUUGUUACUUGGACUGACAAGGCAGUUAAUUUGCUUGUGUGGAUUUUUUUCCUUUUCUCUUUCUCUCUCUCUCUCUCUCUUUUUCUCUUUUUUUGCACUAAUCAGAAAUAUUCGAUAUGUGCAUUGUUGAAAAAUAUUGGAUAAAUGUCUUGUCAGAAUUGUCCUAUUAAGUAAAUGUCUUUCCCUCUUGCUUCUUUGGCAAAUGAUGAUACACAGUGUUUGGACUCACUGAAGAGUUACAGAAGCCUGUGGAACUUAAAUGCAAUAUGUUCUCCCUGUUGUUGAACAAUACCAAUAACAAGCAAGAAAGACAAUGCUUUCCAUUAGUCUGCUAAUCUGCUUCAUCCAAUCUAAUACAUAUAUUCAUUUGCAAAAUACUGUUGCAUUGGGGAACAACUAUAGACUCUUAUAUUAAACAUUAUUUCUAUUUAUAAUAUUCAGCAAAAGUGAAAGACUUGUGAGGCAUAUGACAUUCUAUUUUUGACUCAUUAGUCCUAGUGUGAAAGUACUAAUAUUAUUAGCAUGAAUUUUUACAAUUUUAGAUUUUAAGCUCAUGAACAAAAAUAUGUCUGUGGGUCUAUAGGUAAUUUUUUGAAAUACCCAAAUUUAAUUGGUCCUUAUUGUUUUAUAUGAACUUUCUGUGUUCAGGAUAACUUAAUAUUUUUCAACCUUUAAUGUGACAUUAUGAAAUAAGGAGGGAAAUACAAAGCUUGUUGACUGUACAACCUGCCAGCUGAAAGAUCUUCAACAACUGUAUCUUUCCAGAGGUUUACAGAUUUAAAAUUUGAUCUUCAACUUUUAAUGAUCCAGUUUUAAGCCAACGACAGAAAUAUGUUGAAUAUCCCACCACUCAAUCUUGAACUGAAUUAGAAGAGACUUUUGCUGAAAUUGAAAUGCACAUAUACACAUAAAUUGUCAACGUAUCUCUUGGAAUUUUCUGAUAUAUAAAUGUGAUUUUGGACUUCUUUUCUGGUAUAGUGGCAAAGGAAAAUAGUUUAAACUUUAGGAGUAGAAUAGGCAGUGUUAUAGAUAUUCCAAUCCAAGUGUAAGUAUAAAGUUGCUAUAUGCUAGUAAUUUAUAGUUAUAGGAAUCAUGAUUGGAUAAAAUGUUAAAUAAAAAUAAAAUGUGUAUGAAAUUAUAUAUAAACAGAUUAUAUUGAAAGACCUCAUAACAUUGAAGGAAAUGUUAAUAAUCUUUUGAAAAACGCAUAGGCCUUUUUUUUUUUCAUUUAAGAAUAAGAAAAGACUAUCACUUUACUUAAGUUUAAGAAAAAGUUGGUAAUUAUUACUAUUGCUGACUUCCAUCUGAUUUUACGAAACAGGAAAGAUUACCAUGUUCUAAAUGAACUAUGCUAAUAUAUUUGGCCCUUGCUGUCUUUUAAAAUAUGGUAAGCUAAUACUAAUGAUUAUUUUGAUUAUUUAUUUGCUUAUUUUUUGAGAAAUCAUUACUUGUUGUGGUUUUGGUGUCACUGUUAAUCAAAAUUCCUUUCACUUUAGUUUUAAUUAAAAUACUCUGAAAUUGUCAUUCUUCAUCUUGCAAUUUUCAAUAAUAGAUAUUCUUUUCUAUGUUUGAUGUUAACCCUAAGAACUUCAUCAUGUUACAAAUAUAAGCUACAUAAUACAUAAUAUGAGAGGUUGUAUAAAAGUGUAGAAGAACUUUGAAAGGUAGUGGAAAAAUAUUUUCUCAUAAUAAUCUCUUAAACAUUCAUAUAUUUGUAGUACAAAAUUAACCCCUCUCUGUAAAUGGUCCAAUUGCAGUUCAAAGAAAAAAUUUAAUGUUAUUGAGUAUUAAUGGUUAAUCUUUCACUAAUAUAUGUUAGAGAAAGUGAGCAAUCAGGUAAAUGACCAUUAUUUGCCACAGAAUAUCGAAAGAAAGAAGCACUGAAAUAUUGGGAAGAAAAUAAAUGUUCUGAAACACAAGAAUGCUUAGUAAUUAAUACUAGUGCUUCUCAGACUUUGUUAUCAUGCAUCAGUAUCAAGAAGGAUUUGUUGGAACUCAGUUGGUUCCUUUUUUCUCCUCUUGGCCUUCUCUCUCCACCUACUCUUUUCUCUGUCUCCCUGGAGUUUCUAAGUAGAUUUGGUAUUAGGCCUGAAAACUCAAAUUUGUAACAAGUUCCCAGGUGAUGGUGAUUUUAACUUGUCAGGGACACCACUUUGAGAACCAGUCAUACAUUUUUUAAAAAUCAUUAUGUUGUGCUCAACAUUGAUUAAUUAUGGCUUUAAAUGUUUAUUAUACACUGGAAACAGCACUGUUUUAUACACAAGGAAUGAAGGAACUUUUUUUCACAAUUACUAAUUCUUUUCAGUUUAAAAAAAAAUUUGAAAUUAGGAUUAUGUUUAAACACAAAACAAAAUUUAGCCUUCUAAGUUUAGAAAUCAUAUUUAUUCUUCAUUUAAUUAUUAUUGUCAUUUGUAUGUUAUUGAAUUUUAUAUUUAUGAUAUUAUGAUUGCUGAACAAUAGAUAAUACUUACUUUCAUUAUUUCAUAUCCCUGUUUUAUAUCCUAUUACUUAAAAAAACCAUUCUUUAAAUAUUUAAAGUUUUUCUUUGAUGAAAUUCACCAGUGUUUUUUACUUAAUUCACAACAUGAGACUAUUUCAUGAGUGUUUCACCAAAAUCUAUUCAAGAAAUUCAGAAGGCCUUUGUAGCAGAGUGUUUACAUUCUUCAAAAGAUUUUUAAAUUUUGUGAAAUUGUUUUUGACAAUUGAAACUUGAGACAACUUAGAAUUACAUGUUUUAUGGAGGCAGAAUUUUUUCCUACCCACCUGACUCAGCACUUUGUAAAUUUAUACCAUUAAGGAUUGUGAUCUGAGAUGGGUAUGCUGUACAAAUACUUCCUUCUAAAACUGUAGGCCUCUUUCUCUUAGUGCUCACUUUAAGGUGUUUGUGUUAGGCCUGCCAAUAAGAUUCACUGCUGUUCAGGUACAUAAGAUUUAAUGAAAUUGGAUGCUCAGGCUGGGCUUUGUAAAUAAAAUGAGAUUGACCCCUAGCUAUUAUCUCAUUUAUCUGAUUUACAUUGUAAAACCAGGAUCUACACUAUUGAUUAGAGCAUAAUUAGUUAAUUAUAAACAGUGAAAUACAAAGUUAUAUGGAGCUUUUACACAGCAGGUUGAACUGCUAAAAAUUUUCCAAGGGCAUGAGCAGAUGGAGAUCAGUUUAUUAAAGAACAAAGCAGACAUUUCAGGUAUGGAAAUGUGUAAUCAUUCUCUUGUGCUAUGAAAAGAUACUUGACCUUAUUGCAUAUUUUUAUAUCAAUUGUUGUGUUUCAUGUUUUUUUUUUCAUUUCAUUUUUAAUCUUGUAACCUGGCUAGUACACAUUUCACUAAGUGAAUUGGUACCAUUAUUUAGCUAUAAAAUAAGGAUUUUGAUUUGGAUAAUUUUCCAAAUACUAUUUCAAUGAAUUAACUUUUAUGUGUCAAGAAUAUUUUCUUUAUAUUUUCUUACUACCCAUUCAUUCAUUAUUGUCUAUGAUAGAAGUCUCUAGUGGAAUUAAUUAAAUAGGUUUAAUUCUUACACAUUAGUUUGUUAUUUGUGAAAUAUUACUAAAAAGACAGUUUCCAAUUAUUUUAUAUAAUUAUAAAAUUAGGUGAUUUGCACUAAAAUAGUAAGUUAUAAGGAAUAAAAUAUUGUAUUUAUUGAUAUUAAAUGUUAUUCUGAUAUUGUUAUUCUAUACUGGAGAAUUUUGUUCCAAGUCUAUAUUGUUUUAAAAGUGAUUUAAUGGGCCACAAUACAUUUGUUCUGCAUUUAUUAAAAUGUGUAGUAGAGAUAAUUGGUCACUGUUCAAUGAAGAAAUCUAUCACUACUGGUUAAUAGAUUUGUGUGUUUGAGCUGCUAAAGAGGUUUUUAUUUAAGUAAUGCUAAUAUCUAAGACAAAUGUUUAAAAUUUUUCUUGUAUGAACUUUUACAUAGACAUAAUGAAAAAAAUCAGAAAAUUCAAUUCAUCAAUUCUCUUGAUUUUUUUUUAAGUGAACAGGUGUAAUAGUGUCCAUUUUCAGCAUUGUUUUUUUCUUUAGCUUUAUAUAGACUAAAUAAAAUGUUCCAUUGAUGUGAAAAAAUAGCUAUGAUUAUCAAGAUGAGCUUGAUCAUAAGAAAUGCACAUCUCUUUUUAAGAUUGUACUAUGGAUUUUGUUUCUUCUUGAAAUUUAGCUUAUCAUGUAGCUAUAAAUUGUUUGCAUAGAAGGUACACUUGUUUUAGUUUUUGAAAAGUUAUUACUUAGUUUACUUCCCUAAUGAACUUACCAAAUGGAAGUAAAGGGAAUUAAACCCUUUCAAAGACUGGCCAAUAGCCUAUAUCCUAGGCAAGGAAAGAAGUAAAUCACUUCUUUCUUUUCACUUUUUGUGUAUUGUCAGUAGUCAGUAAGUAUCUGAUUAAUUAACCGUGUGGACCAUACAUAGCACAUAUGAAGAUAAAUCACUUUCUUCCUCUUCUUUGUCUAGGGUGCUAUCUUAUUCAUAUGCUAAGUAAGUAUUUUAAAUACAUGUAAAACAAUGUUUAUUUGGUCACUGCUUUUUGUUGAAUCAGUGUGUAACAGAUCAUAUGAAGCUGCUGUAUUAUUUAUGUCUAAAGCCAAUAUAAAUCUAAUAUUAGGAAGUUGUCUUUAUUAAAAAUCAAAUUAAAAAUCCAGUUUUAUUUUAUCUUGUAAGUGGAAUUCAUUUUACUACAUUUAAAAUUUUAAUUUUAGAAUGUCCCAUAGUGUUAAUGUGCACAGUAUGCACUAGAGGCUUUAAAGAUUGUUCUUAAAGUGUCCAGUUUGCAUUUUAUUUAGAAAAUCCAGAGUUUUUCUAUAGGUUAGUUUUAUAUUCUCUUUUAGUAUGUUAAGACAUUCUCUUCCUAUUUCAUAAUGUGCUAUUGGUAUAUUAUAAUCAUUUUUUAUCAUAUAGACAUUGUGUUGUUUAAUAAAGUAUAUUGUGCUCUAUAA